AUGAUACCGAUCACGUUGUACAACGGGAAGAAUGCUAUCGAUACCAUCGCUUUCCUUGACGAGGGGUCGUCGUAUACGCUACUGGAGAAGUCGCUGGCGAUUGCGUUACAAGUCCAAGGAGUGACGCAGCCGCUUAGAGUGACAUGGACAGCGGGAGUAUCCAGAGUGGAGAAACAUUCCCAGAAGGUGGAGCUAUUCAUCUCGGCCAGAGGAGCGACGCAGCGUUUCCGCAUCAAGGCAGCUCAUACGGUGGAGAGUUUGAAGUUGCCACAGCAAAACGUGGCUAUGUCGGAGAUCAUCAGUGGGCAUUCUCACCUGCGUGGACUUCCAGCGACCGAAUUUCCGAGUGGAGCUCCACAAAUCCUCAUCGGUCUCAAGGAUAUCCAUCUCUACGCCCCGCUGGAAUCAAGGAUUGGUAAGCCUGACGAACCGAUCGCCGUCCGAUCGAAGCUAGGCUGGACGAUCUACGGGCCGACGUGUGCAAGCCGGAACGAGCCCGGCAUUGUUGGUCACCAUGAUUGCGAAACGGUGACGAAUCAAGAGUUGCACGACAUGUUGCGAAGCCACUACACCAUGGAAGAGUCGGUGAUUUCCGUAGCGCUACUGCCGGAAUCCGAAGAAGACAAGCGAGCGAAGGCGAUCCUCAACAGUACGACCAUACGAGUUGGCGACCGUUUUGAGACGGGGCUAUUGUGGAAGGAGGACAAGGUGCGGUUUCCCGACAGCUAUUCGAUGGCGGCGAAACGAUUCCGCUGUCUGGAGAGGCGGCUAGCGAAAGACGACCAGCUGCGCAAGAAGGUGAGCGAGCUGAUCAACGAUUAUGCAGCGAAAGGCUACAUUCACGUAGCGACAGAGGCCGAACUGAGGCGGUUCGAGCCGAACGAAGUGUGGUACCUGCCGAUCAGCGUGGUGGUGCAUCCAAAGAAGCCGGGAAAAGUGCGUCUGGUGUGGGACGCAGCAGCGGCGGUCAACGGAGUAUCGCUGAACUCACAACUGCUGAAGGGACCGGACAUGUUAACUCCGCUCCCCAACGUCCUAGCGAAAUUCCGUGAGCGAGUAGUAGGCUUCGGCGGCGACAUCAAGGAAAUGUACCUCCAAGUUCGAGUGCGAGACGCAGACAAGAGAGCGCGGUUUGUAUUCCGUGGAAGUGAGUCAGAGAAGAUGGAGGUCUACAUCAUAGACGUGACGAUGUUCGGCGCGACAAGCUCUCCGUGUACGGCGCAAUACAUCAAGAACCGGAACGCAGAAGAGUAUGCCGGACAGUUUCCGGAAGCGGCCGAAGCGAUUGUGGAAAACCAUUACGUGGACGACUAUUUCGAUAGCACGGACACGGUCGAAGAAGCGGUGAAGCGGGCCCAAGAGGUGAAGUUCGUCCAUUCCAAAGGCGGAUUCGAGAUCCGGAACUGGGUGUCCAAUUCGGGCGCAUUUCUGGAAGGCAUCGGCGAGCGUGCACCUGAUCAAAGCGUUCAGAUUCUUCAGAACAAGGAGUCAAAUCUAGAGCGAGUCCUGGGAAUAGUGUGGAAUCCAGUCAGCGACGAAUUCACGUUCCUGGCCAAGUUCCGGGAAGAUCUGGCGCCGUAUUUCUCCGGCGAACGUCGACCGACAAAAAGAGUGGUGAUGAGCAGCGUUAUGAGCCUGUUCGAUCCGCUAGGAAUGCUGGCUACCUUCGUUAUCCACGGGAAAAUGAUGAUCCAAGAUCUGUGGCGUAGUGGCAGCGACUGGGACCAACCAAUCGACGACGAAAGCUGCGAAAAGUGGAAUCGGUGGAUUGCUCGGCUCCCGGAGAUCGAGAACGUGAAAAUUCCCCGUUUCUACUUCCAAGGUUCGAGGUCAGUGGAUUACAACACUGUACAGCUUCACGUGCUGGUAGACGCCAGCCAAGAUGCGUAUGGAGCAGCAGCAUACUUCCGUGUGCUCACGGGAAACGGGCCAGUUUGCGCGCUGGUGAUGGCGAGGUCGAAGGUAGCUCCAUUAAAGAUGAUGUCCAUCCCGAGGCUGGAGCUGCAGGCGGCGGUGAUCGGAGCAAGGUUGCUGCAAACCGUCGUGGAAGCGCACUCGCUGGAAAUCAAGCAGCGGUUCAUCUGGUCAGAUUCCAGAACAGUCGUAUCAUGGAUCCAUUCGGAGCAGCGUAGGUACAAACCGUUCGUGGCUUUCCGGAUCGGCGAGAUUCUCAGCCUGACGAAGCACAGCGAGUGGCGGUGGAUUUCCACGAAGAACAAUAUCGCCGACGAUUUGACGAAGUGGAAGAGCGGCAGCAGUUUGGAUUCGAACGGACCGUGGUUUCAAGGUCCGAGAUUCCUUUAUCAGCCGGAACAGCGAUGGAUGAAGCAGGAAGUGGUAGAGCCGAACACGCCAGAAGAGGUUCGGGCAUGCCAUCUGUUCCACGACCUUUCAGCAGAAGAGCCGAUGGUCGACGUGUCCCGCAUUUCCCGUUGGAAAGUGCUGGUCCGGACGGUAGCAUGCGUGUACCGUUUCAAAUCUAACUGCGUCAGGAAGCGGAAAGGGCUGGCGAUCGAGGCUGUUCCGGCACCACCAAGAGUGCGAAGCGCAGCGAAGAAGGCAAUACCAGCGAUAACAGUCCCACUGAAGCGAGAGGAGUAUCAGCGAGCGGAAACGUACCUGUGGCGGUCGGCGCAGGCCGAUGUCUACGGAGAAGAAAUCAAGACGUUGGCGAAGAACCGUGAAGUUCCACGCGGCGAGUGGCAGCCGAUAGAAAAGUGUAGCAGCCUGUACAACGAUAGCCCGUUUUUGGACGCGGAUGGUGUGCUCCGGAUGGAAGGCAGAGCGGCUCAGGGUUCAUUUCUCCCUUUUGAAUUGCGGUUUCCGGUGAUUCUUCCGAAGCGGCAUCCCACCACUCGGAAGUUGCUUGAGUUCUAUCACCAGCAGGCGGCUCACGCAAACGCGGAGACAGUGAUCAACGAUGUCCGGCAACGUUUCCGGAUCCCGAAUCUACGAGCGGAGUUGAAGGCGGUGGCGAAGGCUUGCGUGUGGUGCAGAACGAAGAAGUGCGUGCCGAAGAUUCCCAGGAUGGCUCCCCUUCCGUUGGCGCGGAUCACUCCUGGCUGGCGGCCGUUCAGCUUCACAGGGGUGGACUAUUGCGGUCCGGUCACAGUUACGGUUGGGCGUAGGUCGGAAAAGCGAUGGAUCUGCCUCUUCACGUGCAUGACGACGAGAGCGAUUCACCUGGAAGUGGCCCACAGUUUGACGGCGCAGGCGUGUUUGAUGGCGAUCCGGCGUUUUGUGUGUCGGCGGGGCAAACCGGUGGAAUUCUACUCCGACAACGGAACGAAUUUCCAGGGAGCGAGCAAAGAGAUUAUGUGGAAGAUAGAGGGGGACUGUGAAGAAGCGAUGACGGAUGCGAGGACCAGGUGGAAUUUUAAUCCACCGAGCGCGCCCCACAUGGGCGGAGUUUGGGAGCGGCUAGUUCGUUCCGUGAAAGCAGCACUGGCGGUGCUAAAUGACGGAAGACGAUUGACGGACGAAGUGCUGUUGACUACGUUGGCAGAAGCAGAGGAUCUGGUGAAUUCGCGUCCGUUGACGUACUCUGGACUUGGUCCGGAAGCAAGCGAAGCGUUGACACCGAACCACUUCGUGAAAGGUCCAGAGGUGGCGGUAGAGCGGGUUCGGAAGACAGACGAGGGUGAAGCGUUGCGGGACCUCUACAAGCGAUCGCAGGCACUGGCAGACCGCCUGUGGAAGCGAUGGGUAGCGGAGUACGUGCCAGCAAUCAACCAGCGUACCAGGUGGCACGCAGAGGUACAACCGAUCAGCCAGGGCGACCUGGUGUAUAUAGCGGACGAAGGAGCGAGGAAGAGUUGGACGCGAGGCGUGGUCAGCAAGGUGUACCCAGGCCCUGAUGGACGAGUACGGCAAGCACUGGUCAAGACGGCGAAAGGGGAGUUCAGGCGUCCGGUGGCGAAGUUGGCUGUGCUGGAAAUUCAAGCGCGUAACUCUGGCGGCGAUGGAAGAUCCCCCCCGGAAUUACGGUCGUCGAAUUGA